CGCACAUUUCAGCCUAAGAAGGCUGCUUUUCUUCUUAUACUCGGGUCCGCCUCGACUUCAAGCCCACCCAUCCUGCUUUCUUCUUCUUCGUCUCCUUAUAAACAACGACCGAAUUCGAUGUGAAAGCCCAGCCCUUUCUGGUGUUCAACACUACAACACCUUGGACUCAACAACAAUAACAACAACCUAUCAUCAUCCAGACCAAAAGUGUCCGUCACCACAACCUAUCAACAACAAACCAGACCAACAUUAGACAUGGCGUCAUCAACUACCGACUCGCGCCGCAUGCCGCGCAGAGACUCUUCGACGGCCCGUGGCACCCGAAGCCCCAGCCAGAGGCCAAGACUUCUUCGAGCAUCAGCUACCGAGCCCUCCAUCACCACCUCCAACGCCAGCCGAGAUGCGCUCGCCAACUCGUACUCGUCUCGCAGAGCAACCGAGCUCCUAAGGGUGGCUUACAUCUCUGGCGGCUCAUCCCCGGACGCCCUCACCAGAGCUACCUCUAGAGCUACCUCUCCCAUCUCGACACGGCCACCACCGAUGUACGAUAGCUUGGGUCGACACAGUGAGCUAUCCUCGUCUCCUAUCAGCAACCCAGAUGGCUUCGACGAGCUGCGUGAUUCCUAUUCGCAUUCGCAUUCGGAGCGGUACAUUAGCUUCCCCAGCUUUGACUUGUAUGAGUCGCCCCACCAAGAGGAGGACAAGGAGCCACACAUGAAGUCUCCUUGAUAGGCGUGCUCGGAUUUGGGAGGAAAGCUGUUUUCGACUUUUUUUUAAGUUUGCGCGACUCGAGAAGCAAGCCCGGACUUCCACUUUGGUCAUCGGGCCGCUCACCAAGA